AUGGCCCUCUCCAGCUACCUGAAGCAGACCGACGUAUCCAGAGAUUCUCUUUAUCUCUAUGGUCUGCUAGCCCUACUGGCAUCCCUUCUCAUCUGGCUCGCAGCAGACUAUGUACGCAUUCUUCGUCUGAGGCGGAAGAUGCCACCGGGACCCUUUCCGCUGCCUCUGGUAGGCAACUUCUUCCAGCUUCCAAAGCGCCAACCAUGGAUCGAGUGGGAGGCAUGGUCGGAUACCUACAAGAGCUCCAUGAUCACAAUCUGGAACGGCCGUCGACCUGUCAUCAUCUGCAAUGACAUCUGGUCAAUCUCAGAGUUGCUGGACAAGCGUGCGGCCAUCUACUCUUCCAGGCCACAUCAUGUCGUCAUGGGUGACAUGAUGAACAUGUCGGAGACGAACCAGGUCUGCCAGAAAUACGGUGAUGCAUGGAGGCUUCACAGACGCCUCAUGCAUACCAUUGUCGGGUCCCAAUCAGUGCGAAACUAUCGCUCCCAUCAGUCCAACGAGUCCAAGGUGUUGCUUCGAGACCUACUUCUCAGCCCAGACGACUUUGACAUGUCCAUCGAGCGAUACUCGUGCUCAGUCGUUUCCAUCCUCGGAUGGGGUCGUCGCAUCGAUCGCAUGAACGACGCGGUUGCACAGGUAGCUCUGAGCUUCAUGGAGGGCGUAAACUUUGUCGUCCCCGGCCUCUACAUCAUGGAAGCAGUUCCCUGGCUCGCCAAGCUGCCAGGGUGGCUGUACCCUCUGCCUUCCAUCAUCCUCAAGAACUCCAAGCAUAUGCAGAGGUACUUUGCAGCCUUAGCCAAGGAGGCAGCUGCCAACUCCACCCAGAACAACUUCUCAAAGAGUCUGCUGGAUGCUCAACGGGAGCAUGGCAUCACCGACGAGGACAUCAGCUCUCUCACAGCCAACAUGAUCGGCGGUGGCGUUGAUACCACUACAAGCUCCACGCUAACCCUGAUUCUGGCCAUGUGUGUGUUUCCCGAAGUGCAGCGCAAAGCGCAAGAGGAGCUAGAUCGCGUCGUGGGCCAAGACCGCUACCCCGAAUGGGCGGAUGAGGAGCACCUACCUUAUAUCCGUGCUGUGGUGAGCGAGACGCUCCGCUGGCGUACUGUCACCAUUCUCGGCGGCAUCCCCCACGCGCCCAUCCGCGAUGAUGAAUACAACGGCUACUUCAUUCCAAAGGACACCGCCAUCACUGGCAACCUGUGGGCUAUACACAGAAACCCGCGGGAGUUCCCAGAGCCAGACGUCUUCAGACCAGAGAGGUUCCUCGAUGGGCUAGAGAGGCCAUAUCCUAACAAGAAGGGACACAAUGCCUUUGGGUGGGGACGGCGCCAGUGCAGCGGCCAGCCGCUGGCCGAGCAGGGACUGUUCAUUACCAUUGCCCGCAUGAUUUGGGCAUUCAAUAUGCAACCUGGCUUGGACGAGAACAAUCGACCAGCGAAGCUCGACAUCUUUGCCUACUCGGACUGUGAGAAUAUGCGCCCUGAGAAGUUCAAGGCCCGCUUCACCCCGAGAACGCAACAAAUCAAGGACUUGAUCCUUCGCGAGGCUGCUGAAGCACGAGAGCUGUUGAGGCCGCUUGAUGGCGAGACAGCAAUAACCAUGGCGAGCGUUGCCUGA